CGGCAGUGUGCGAGUGUGUGUGUGUGGCAGCCGCAGGGAGGGGCGCGCGCUUUAUUACACUGUGAAAAGUCGAUUCUGAGGAGAAAUCAAAGCGUUUGAUCGGCGAGGGAUUACCGGCGAGUGCUCGUGCCCGCUGCCCGGUGUGCGCGCUCCCGCCCGUUUGAUCGCAGGAGCGGAGAGGAUCAUGGGGCCGUGAGAAUGCUGGAAUAACCGCGGAAACACACUUUCGCCAACACACACACACACACACACACACACACACACACACACACACACUUCAUCCCGCCGCCGAGGGAGAGGAUGGAGCAGGGGAACAUCCUGAAGAAGUUCAUCGAGGAGCUGAGGAGCGGAGAGCAGACGGGAGAGGACAACUUCAGCUCAGACUUCAUGAGAAUAUCAGAAGAUUUUAACGUGUUUCAGCUGAUUCAGGAGAUGAGGACACAGCGGCACUCAGCAGUGCAGACCAAAGAGCAGUAUGAGCUGGUGCAUCGAGCCAUCGCACAGAUCUUCCAGAAACAGCUGAAGCUUUUGGAGAGUCCCACAAACUCAGAGGUCACAGACGGCACGCUGCAGGAAGACAGCAGUCCAGAAAAACACACUCCUAACUCAGACGAGGAGCAGUGGGACACACCGCCACCCAAACCUCCCCGUUUGCGCAGUGUUCAGGGUGAGUGUGCGGUACAGGAAGAGAUCCUCCAGGCUCCUGAGCCGCGGCCCGUCCCGCCCAUCCUCCGCCCGUCUCCAGCCUCUGCUCUGCGCACCGUCAGCUCUGCCCGGCACAGCGACACCUACCACCCCAAACCCCUGCUGUCUGACCCAGAGCCCAGCGACCCAGAGCCCAGCACUCACUUCACUGACCCAGACCAUCACUCCAGUGACCCAGAGCCCAGCGAGCCGGAGC